AACUAUGGACGAACAGACGUCUGUACGAUAUCAGAGCCGAAUAAAUGACAUCAUGUGGGAAAAACGUGCUUCGUGAAGAGGACAUAUCACGUGACUGCGAGUCCAACAAAGCGCUCUAUCUAAUCAGCCAUCGUCUUUGGUCAUCUCAUUUAUUGAACACCGGUCUUCUCCCAGGCUGCAGUGUCGCGGUUCUGCAAGGAAACAUCUGAGGUUCGCCUGUUCCAGGGUUGCAACCUCACCGCUGGACAGCGCAUCGACGACUAAGACGAUGCCCGCGGAGCCGCCCACGGACCUGACCAAGGAAGACCUGGAGGAGAUGCUGCAGUGCGGGGUGGAGAGCUUCACCACCUCACCGCUGACCACCGCCGGCGAGAACUUCGGCAGCCUCCUGCUGCGGGUGGACGCCACUCUGCUGCCGGACCACCGCCAGGUGUCCCUCGCGGCCAAGCUCGUCGUGACCAAGAACCUGAUGGGCAGGGUCCCUCCGUUCAGGGACUUCAUGCGCAAGGAGAUGGACAUGUACACCCGGCUGCGGCCGGCGAUCCUCGCCGUGCAGGAGGAGCACGGGAUCCCGCGGGACCUGCUCCUGGACGUGAUCCCCCGGUGCCACGGCGCCCGGACCAGGCGCGGAGGGGGCCUCGAGCCGCCGGUGGACGAGACCGCCGCCAUACUCAUGGAGAACCUGGGGGCCUCCGGGUACCGGCUGGCGGACCGCAUCGAGGGCAUGGACCUGGAGCACGCCGAGUGCGUGGUGAGGCACCUGGCGCGCUUCCAGGCCAUGUUCGUGGUGCUCAAGCUGAAGAAGCCGCACUUCUUCAAGAGCACCGUGCUGCCGACCCUGGCGGUGCCCAAACACGACCCGCCCCCGCCGGGCGAGGACCGCGAUGAGAAGCUGCACACGCUGCUGACCACCAGCCUGGCGCACGUGCCCGCCGUGGGCCAGCACCGGGCCAGGAUCCACGCCGCGAUGACGGCGGCGAGGCAGUUCCGGGCGAGGCCGAGGGAACCGUUCGCCACCCUCGCCCACAACGACUUCUGGACCAACAACGUGCUGUUCUCGUACGAGGGCAAGCGCAUCGCCGGCCUGAAGCUGAUCGACUUCCAAAUGACGUCCUACGGUUCCCCGGCCGCCGACCUGGUGGGGUUCCUGUACUCGAGCACGUCGCUGGCCGUGACGGGCGAGGACCGCGACCGGCUGACCAGGCUGUACCACGAGGAGUUCACCGGGUGGCUGCGGCGGUUCGACUGCGACCCCCGGCCCUUCAGCUACGCCGCCUUCCUCCGGGAGGUGGGGGCGGAGGCCCCGGCGCAGUUCGCCCGCGUCUUCCACAUGCUCCGGAUAUUCUGCAUGUCCAAGGACAACCCGCCGGACAUCAACAACCCCGCCGCCUUCCAGCGCAUGCAGACCGACAACACCGGGCUGGGCGAGACCUACUUCAGCAAGAUAGACAGACUCGUCAGGGAGGCCGUGCAAAGAAAAUGGAUAUGAACCACUCCCCACGAACUGAUGGCUUCAUUUAACACACAAGGAGCGGAUUGCCCCGGGCCUCAAAAUACUCAGCUGUAAAGGGAGCAAUAUCUAAAGCGAAAUAAAAAAAUAGGGGAAGACAAACUGUUGAUUAACUUAAACUAAAACUAUUGUGUUAUGCUAAAAUUUAAUUUUAAGUGUUAUCAAAUGAAAAUUUGAAUAUAAUUUAGUUUUAAAAGAAUAAAGUUAGUGAUAUUAAUUUUUUUUAAAAA